AUGUACCGGAUCGAGUGGGAUUCCUCUCCGAAUUUUAACAGCUCUAGUAUCGACUAUGGGGUGGCCAGUAUCCAAGAGAAAAUCGAGGUGCAACAAGUGAGCACGAGCUAUCGCAGCGCUAUCGGUGCAGGAGGGACCUUCACUUUAUCUUGGGGAGGGCACACGACUUCUGCGUUGCCGUUUGACUGCAGUGUUGCAGACAUGACAGACGCUCUGGCUGGUGUCACAGAUACGAUGAACGUUGCUGUCGACCCGGUUAAAGUCACGCGAGCUCGAGUAUCGUGGGGGUACGCCUGGAAGAUAACCUUCCUACAUAACCCUGGUGACUUAGCGCUUCUCGUCGCGGAUGGAACUCAAUUAACGGGUGAUUUCCCUCAAAUACGGGUUGUUGAGGUGGUCCAAGGGUCCCGAGACCUCGCUAUUGGUGACUUUACGCACGAAAUCCAGGAGGUUUACACCGACGGCGUAUCGCCUGUGUCUGGCUCGUUUACACUAACAUUUAAUGGUAAAACCACGACGUCAAUCGACGUUGCAGCAUCGGCGCUAGAGGUGCAAGCUGCGUUACAAGCGACAACCUUAACAUACUCGAUUAAAACGUCAAAAGCGGUACGGAAUGCUGCUGUAAACACUGCGGUGUGGACUGUUACGUUCGCGUAUCUUCGAGGCGAGGAGAUGGUUGGAGCUGGCAAUAUAUUCACGAUGACAGUGGCAGAUUCCCAGCUGUCUGGCACUAGUGCUGUGGUCCAAGUUGCCAAUAAAGUGAUAGGGUCCGAUCCGUUCCGGUUCUCUCUAACUGGUCUUCGUCCAGGCGUACGGUACUACGCCCACUUGAUGGCGUACAAUGCCGAUGGCUUCGGGUCUGCCACGUCGCCACUCGCUAGCGCUGUAACCUGCUGGCAACCGCAGCCUCCACAGUCUGUAGUAGCCAGUGUUGUUGAUGGCACAACUCUAGCAGUGAGCUGGAGUGCAGUGGAAGGAUCGUGCAGUGUGGACAAGUACAAAGUCGAGUGGUAUCGAGACGAAGGAACACUGGAGCAGCAGACUAUCACGACGUCGGCGGGCAAAGGUCUACCGGAGAUUCAAAAUUUAGUGAAUUUUGCGGAUUCCCGAACUCUCACUGGAUUUUUCAAGUUAUCUUUCGGUGGAGAGACGACGGAGAACCUCCGAUGGGAUGCAGAAGCCACUGGUUUGAACUCGGUUAAGGAACGAUUAGAGCGUCUGUCGAGCAUAGGGACAGUUGAUGUCUCAAGAGAGGAGUCGACGCGGGUUACGGGGCUGUUUGUGACUGUAACGGGGAAGACAGUCAUGCGUCAUACUACAUUGUCGACUUCUGCGAUAGCUGAUACCAGGCUGGCAAAGGACGACGUUAUCUGGAUUGCAGGCAACAAGCGUACAAUUACUGCUGCACCCACAACGACGACCCUAACAAUUGAUACAGAUCUCGAAGUUACAGUCCCCGUUCCCGUAUUUAAGAGUGCGUAUGGCUACGCGUGGAAGAUCACCUUCUUAGCCGGUCAUGUGGGUCCACAAGAACUCGUUCAGGUGUUCCCGAGUGACAGUUGGACGGGUAACAAUCCUGGUAUCGUUGCUAACUCGGUUCAGAAAGGUCGUCAGCCGAUUAGUGGGACGUUUAGAGUCGCAUUUGUGAGUGGAGGACUGUCGGAUUCUACUCCUCCUUUGCCUCACAACAUUUCAUCAGUGAAUAUGCAGACUGCACUAGAAAGUUUGGUUACGAUUGGAGCUGUAAACAUAACCAGAUCUGCGAACGGGUACGGGUACAACUGGGUAAUUACGUUUUUGUCGGAGUUAAAAAACGAUAUUUCGCUGUUAAGUGUCGAUGGAACGGAACUCCAAGGCCCCGGUGCACGCGUCCUAUCUGCACGGACAUUUGCUGGCAUCCAGCCGACGUUUUACUGUACGAAAUACGCCAUCCGUGUGCGUGCACAUAACAGCGAAGGGUACGGAUACGCAGCGAGUAUUGUCUCUGGGUUUCAGAUUCCGAGAACAACACCGUCUGCACCUCAAAAUGUGGAAUUGUUGAUACUAUCCAGUAAAUAUCUUAAGCUUAGGUGGAGUGCUCCGAAAAGCGAUGGAGGUACUGCCGUUCUGGGUUACCGACUUCAAUGGGAUACGGCGAGUACCUUUCCGAAUGUAAAUAGUCCCAAUUAUGACUUCCAAGCAGUGCUGGAAGUGGACUCUAAGGACACGGGGCCAUUCUUCUACAACAUCUUUGCGCCAGUAGUUACGACUUAUUACGUUCGUGUCCUCGCCUUGAAUGACCAAGGUGAUGGUCCAUACGCAGUCCCGGUUCCAAAAUAUGCACGACCCACUGAUCGUACACCUGGACGACCAGAAGAUGCGACGGCGACAGUUCUGUCCAGCUACGCGAUCCUGGUGGAAUGGAACGCUUCUUCCAUUGACAAGUUCUAUUACGGAGGUGACGGCGGGCUGUCAAUCACGCAGUAUAUGAUCGAGUGGGAUCUCUCUCCAGCAUUUGACUCCCCCGCUGCGUUUGGACUGGUAGAUGGCACUAAACGGUCCUUUAUCAUCGGCGGAGACGACGCUAUCACCGGCGUUCGGUCCGAUAUUUUGAUCGCCGGUUCGUCUUACAGCAUUCGAGUUACGGCGUUCAACGCCAAAGGCUCAGGAGCUCCUCGACCCACAGUUCCAAUCUAA